AUGACUGAUUUGGAAAAGCUCCGAAAAGAGAAUAUCAAAAGAAACCAGGGCUUGCUCAAGAAACUCAAUUUGGAUGCUCUCAACCAGUCAAUUGCAGAUGAUGUGCGCGUCAAGAAGGAACUGACCAAACCGAAGAGGAGACCCAAGGCUCCACCCAAGGAACCUGCCAUACCCACGAGAAGGUCUAGGAGACUAGCUGCACCACAUGAGUGGACCGAAGAAGAGCAACAAAUUAACUUGGAGGAAGAAAGGGCUCGAGAGAGACAGGAGAAGCUCAAGGCAUUGCGUCUGUUGAAGCUCACAGGCGACUUCACGCUUGGUGAUUUGAUUCUUGAUCGCCAGCUGGGCCACCUCAAGCACGAGGAACGCGUUUUGGACGUGAAAGACGAGUCAAUGGAGGACGCCGUCAAGGAUGAAGACUCUGGUGACGUCAAGGAGGAGGAACAGGACGUGAAGGAGGAGGACAUGGACUCAGAUAACUUGGACUUCUUGCUCAAUCUUGGAGAGAAGUACUCAGCAGGAGACUUCUUUGAACAGAUCAAACAAAGGGAGCAGGGAAAGAGUCUGGACUUGAAGAAGGUCAGGAAGGAAUUCGAGAAGGUGGAGCUUUAUCGCAAGGUCAGCCCUGCUUCCACCAAAGCAUCCUACAACCGAAUCACGACAAUGCACUUCCACCCUGCAGAAACUGAUAGAUUGGUUUCGGCCGGCGACACGAACGGAAGUCUCGGUCUUUGGUCGGUGGAUGAAAGCACCGAAGACGGGGAGGCACAGAUCACCAUUUUGAAGCCCCACGGACGGUCAAUCUCCAAGAUUAUCCACAACAACACCAACGCGGCCGAGCUUUUGACAAGCUCCUACGAUGGAUCAGUAAGGAAGCUCGAUAUUAAGCAGCUCAAAUCAACGGAGGUAUUGAACAUUGACGUUUCUGACGACCUUAUCGGAGUAUCAGACAUCAACGUUCUGUUAGCCGAGCCAAAUUUGUUGCAUUUGACCACUCUAGAGGGUCGUUAUUACCAACAUGACAUGCGUCUGCCAUUUAAAGGCAUGAAAAACAACGACUUUCUACGGUUGCACGAUAAAAAGAUUGGCGGGUUCACCGUGAGCCCGAAUUUGUCCUAUCAAAUCGCAACGGCGUCGUUGGAUAGAACUUUACGAGUAUGGGAUUUAAGAAACGUUUCGAAAGCCAACUCGCUCUCUGAGUUCGAGAAGGCCAGGGCGCCCCAUUUGUAUGGAUCAUACACGAGUCGUCUCUCCAUUUCUACAGUCGACUGGAACAGCAAUGACCACUUGGUGUGCAACGGCUAUGAUGAUAGAAUCAAGCUCUUUGACUUCAGCGGUAAUAGAAAGCCUUAUACUGCUGUGCAAGAGUGGGCCAAGAACUAUCAACCAGAGGUCCGCAAGAAGGCUGACUCAAUUCCCGACAACCUCAAACCUUUCAAUUCCAUCACCCACAACUGUCAGACAGGGCGAUGGGUGUCAAUUCUCAAAGCGAAAUGGCAAAAGACACCUGCUGAUCAGUACCAAAAGUUUGCCAUUGCCAACAUGAACCGCAGUAUAGACGUCUACGACGAGAGUGGCAACAUGAUUGCACAUCUCAACGACGAGGAGAUGACCGCUGUCCCGGCUUCAGUAGCCUUCCAUCCAUCACAAAACUGGGUAGUGGGAGGCACCUCAAGCGGAAAGCUCAACCUCUUCACCUGA